UAUUCAUGUGUAACCGAAAACCCUAAACCCUAAUUCUUAUAAAACGCCUUUACUCACUACUCCACUCAUAAACCCUAGCAAACCCUAACCACAAAACCUGCAAAAAUCCACUAAUUCAACACAAAAAUGAGAGCUCCAAUCAGAGGAGGUCGGGGUGGCGGUGGCGGAUUUAGGGGCGGCCGAGGCGACGGCGGAGGCAGGGGAGGAGGAUUCAGCGGCGGAAGGGGCGGCGGCAGAGGCGGCGGCGGAAGGAGCGGUGGUAGAGGCCGCGGCGGCGGCGGAAGAGGAGGACGCGGUGGCAGAGGUGGAGGAAUGAAAGGUGGAAGUAAGGUUAUAGUUGAACAGCAUAGACAUGAAGGCGUGUUUAUUGCUAAAGGUAAAGAAGAUGCCCUUUGCACUAAGAAUAUGGUGCCUGGUGAAGCUGUGUAUAAUGAGAAGAGGAUAUCUGUUCAGAAUGAAGAUGGAACAAAGGUUGAGUACAGAGUGUGGAAUCCUUUUAGGUCAAAGUUGGCUGCUGCAAUUCUUGGUGGAGUUGAUAAUAUUUGGAUGAAACCUGGAUCUCGUGUGCUUUAUCUUGGGGCUGCAUCUGGAACCACUGUUUCUCAUGUCUCUGAUCUUGUUGGACCAACCGGAGUUGUGUAUGCUGUUGAGUUUUCUCAUAGAAGUGGAAGAGAUUUGGUGAACAUGGCGAAAAAGCGUACAAAUGUUAUUCCCAUUAUUGAAGAUGCUAGACAUCCAGCUAAAUACAGGAUGCUUGUUGCUAUGGUUGAUGUCAUAUUUUCUGAUGUUGCUCAACCUGAUCAGGCUAGGAUUUUAGCACUCAAUGCAUCUUAUUUCUUGAAAACCGGAGGCUAUUUUGUUAUCUCGAUUAAGGCAAACUGUAUAGAUUCUACAGUUCCAGCAGAGGCUGUAUUUGCUUCAGAAGUUAAGAAGCUUCAGGCAGAGCAAUUCAAACCUAUGGAGCAAGUGACUCUUGAACCCUUUGAACGAGAUCACGCUUGUGUCGUUGGAGCUUAUCGUGUUCCCAAGAAACAAAAACCCGCAUCAUAGAUGCCGACCUCAAUGCUGCAUUUAAAUUGCUCACUGUUAUAAGGUUGUAUUGUUAGUGAAUUUUGUGGGAUUUGACUUUUGUUUAAAAAGCGGAUUGAUGUACUCGGAUCAUAAUUUAGAUCUAUGUUCGCUUAUUUGGUUUUGCUCGGUUUAAUGAAGUUCACUGCCAUCUAA